AUGUAUGCAGAUACAUUGCAUCUGUAUGCAGAUGAUACGGUCAUCUUCUCAAAUUCUCCAUCUCUGUUUCAGGCUGUUGAAGAGGUCAAUACUGACUUUUAGUCACUGCAGACCUCCCUAUAUGGUCUCAAACUAGUCUUGAAUGCUCAAAAAACUAAAUUAAUGUUCUUCACCAGAGCACGCUCUCAUCCUGAGAAGGUUAGCGUUUUGAUCUCAGGGGGCACACCCAUUGAAAAGGUGUCAUCCUACAAAUACCUUAGUAUUUGGUUACAAAGUUAAUGUAGAUUAUUUUCGUAACAAGGCUUGCUUCCCGUUUCAGGAUAGAAAGAAGCUUGUUCAAGACAGUUUUCUUUCUGUAAUUGAUUAUGGUGACUUAUUUUAUAUACAUCAAAUCACAUUAUAUUGGUCACAUACACGUAUUUAGCAGAUGUAAUUGCGGGUGUAGUGAAAUGCUUGUGUUCCUAGCUCCUAGCUACAUGCAACCUCUUAAAGAGACAUGAUCAUGCAUCUUUGCGUUUUUUUACAAAUGCCAAGUCGCUCACCCACCAUUGCACUUUGUAUCAAAUGGUGGGAUGGACAUCGCUUUACAUGCGCAGAGAGCUACAUUUGUAUGUGUUUAUCUACAAAGCCCAUCUGGGUAAACUCCUCCUCUACGUGAGUAACCUGCUCUCUCCUUCACCACUAGCAGUUACCAGACACAGUCUACUAUGUGGUUGCUACUUAAAGUCCCCAGGGCCGUUCCCGAGUUAGGCAAGACUGCCUUUUCCCAAUGUGCAGCAGAGGCAUGGAAUAGUCUGCAAGGUGUGCUUCAACUAGAUGUACCAGUGCCCCUU